CUCAACCCUCAAUUUCUUUGGGUCCAUUUCUUCUCCUUCUUUAAUUUCUCUUCUUCUGCUGAUUAGAUUAGAUUAGCUUUCUCCCUUCAUAUUUCGCAUUGGGUUCGUCUCAAUUCUUCUUCAGCAAGUCUAUCUUCCUAUGGGCUAUGCCAUCCCUGGAUUAAUUCAAGUAAUCCUUCUUCUUGAUUUUCUUACAUCCCAAGAUUUGUUUUUUUCUUUCUGUCUCUGAAAUCGAUUGCACAUGCGUGAUGGAAUCAGAUGUUUUUGAGCUUUGAUUCGAUUAUUGAUUUCACAAAUUGACAGUUUUGAUCCUCUCAUCAGUACAUUUUUAUGGUUUACUGGAUGAAGGGGGUGUCAUUUAAGCCUUGAAUCUUUAAAAUGCUGUUUGUGAGGUUUUUUUUUACAAUGGAAGAUUCAGUCUUUCUGAAACUCUGUUCUUUUGCAGGAAAAAAGAAAUUCACACACACUCAAGAGUCCAAAGUGAUAAACUUUUAUACUGAACUUAUCUAAAAUUAUGUUCUUGAUGAUGAUUUUUGGCAGUUAUCACUUAGUACAAGAUUUUAUAAAGGUUCAUAUGAAAGUUUUAAGCUUUUUUUAAACCAGUUGUUGGAUGGAACUGUUGUUCAUGAGUAAACCAAAACAAACAAGUCCACUAUGUCUCACUGUGAUAAGGGGUAAAAGGACUAGACUGACAUAAGUGGGAGAAUAAAUCUACUUCUACUCCAAAGGUUUACACUUACAUUUUGUGUUAAUGUAAGCCAUAAAAAAAAUUCAUGUUUGUAGUUAGAUAGAUGUUCAAGAAAAGGUUUUCUAUACUCCAACACUUAUAUCAUGUGCGAACAUUCACUUUUUAAACCUGUAGGUGACGGAAAGAGAUUUGAACCCGUGACCUAUGAUAUGGUGAACCCUAACAAGCUGACUUUGAUGUCAUGUCAAGGAACCAACUCAACCAAAAACUCAAGUUUUUGUUACUAGAAACCCAAGAAAGUAUGAUCAUAGAAGAAGCACGAGAAACAAGCGGCUUCCUCCACAUCUCAAGACAUCAUCCUCAUCGGCACGCCUCCCGUCCCGCUUUUUUUGGCCCUAUUCGAAAUGGACCGGAGCACGUGAUAGAAGAAACAAGAGAAACAGGGACCACUGCGGCUUCCUCCACAUCUCAAGACACCAUCCUCAUUGGCACGUCUCCCGCCACCCAACUAUGUGGUCUUAACCCCUCCCGCCCCACUAUUUUUGGCCCUAUUCCAAAUGGAGCACGUGAUCGAAGCCCAAUUGUUGUUAUUAUAUAUUCCCUUUGGUGGUGGGAGGUUUUCCUACGCUCCUCCCUCCAAACUCGGUGGGUCCCCCAAACUUGGUGGACCUCCCGAGAAUCCCGGGCCCUUUUGCCUAGGAAUAAAUCUUCAAAAGCCGGUUUACGUCCUUCCCUUUGGUCUUUGGGUCGUCUUUUCUGGACGGAGAUGCAGGCAACGUCUUCAUUCACCAGAGAGCGAGUUACCAUUGAGGUUGUGGAACGGGACGUCUUCGGCGUCCCAUUUCUUGAACUCGCUCUCCCACGUCAGGAGCAUGCUUUGUAGGGCGCGAAGCAGAGCAUUUCUUCUAUAAGCUAUCAAUUAGUGGCUACUGUGCUUCACAAACUGGCCCUGAGCAUUUUUUUGGAAUAGUUACAUAUUGUGUGAUGGAAUUUGAAAAGAAAAACACCAAAGCUAGCCUUAUUGCAUUAGGUAGACAUGGAUCAAACGACGACAUUGUAUCCUACCAUGUAUUAUAUCUCAUGUGAGAAAAUUAUAUGAAAAAUGUAUUUUUCUUGUUUGGUUAGAGAGAAAAAGAAAAAAGUAGAAUGACAAAA